GAACGACUUCUACGAGCUCUGUAUUUCCGAAACAAGUUUUCUUCUCGUCCGUACUUACCUUCACGUGUUAUACCCCCAGAAAGAAAAAAGAUUAUUUUCAGUGAUAUCUUAGAAGUUAGAUGGCCUGACCCUGCUACGGCUGAUCUGACAAGAUGUAUAGAGAAUGGCAGUGUGAAGAUCUCAUCGGUAGAUCGUUAUGCUCACCUUUACCUGUCAGAAUUGCAGCACGAAUUUAAAGUGGUGUUCUUAUGCAAAGUCAGCCAGUCAUCUGCAGCGUCCUUCCACUCCUCUCAAAACAGCAGCUAUCAAACUGGAGAUAAGUAUGGAAAAUCAAGUAAAAAUUCUGUUGCAGAAAUGUCAUCAAAACAAAUGAGAAUAGAGAAUAAGAAAAAUGAACAUGGUUGUGCUGAAGGUAAAUACAGACAACCAACCAAACCAGAGGACCAAAAAGACAGAGAUGGAGUCUACACAAAUUGUUCUUCUGAGUACACAUGGGUUACACAGCGCUGGUCUGUUUCCUCCUACCCAGAAGAAUGGAAAUACCCUUUGUCGUUGGCACUAAUGUGCUAUAACUUACAUACUGUUAAGAAUGAGAAAAACAACCAUACAUCUAUAGAAGCUGAUGUUUUAAUAAACCUUGAAACACAUGAAACAGUUUGUCGUUUACCUACAGCUUUGCCACUCAGCUGCAGAGCCCCUCAUUUACACAGGUGGACUUUCUGUGACUUCUUUCAGAAUCAAGAUACUGAAAAGCAUUCACGCCCUCAGCUAAUUCAAAUUGUAUGGUGGCAGGGGGUUCUUUAUAGAUUUAUCCAUGGUAGGACAAACAUCACAGAAAUUUAUCCUGGUGAUGACUCAUUUUUCAAGUCAGAGGGAGCAUUUUUGGGAAACUAUUUCAUACAUUAUGCAAUCCAAAAAGGAACAAAAAAGAGAGAAGAAAAGAUGUAUUCGGUAAACAGCCUACCUCCUGAUGUACCAGGAAAUCUGUACUCUGUAUCCUCCAUUAUUACUCAAGCAACCAGAAUACUUCGGUACUGCUACAAGACUAAACUAUCAUUAACUCAUAACUAUUAUCUCUGCUGCUGGAAAAUGGUACCUGAGACAGAUGGACGAGAAAUGUUGCCAGUUUUGCUGUAUGAAGAGGUUAUUCCCAGUGUAGGAAGACUUGUCAUGUACUCGGAUCAUAAAAUCCAUGCUGCUUUUUGGGAUGGGAUGACCUUGAAUAUGGUCUGGGAUUUAAGUUCUUCCUGUAGUAAGAUCCAGAUAAAUGAAGAUGUAGGCUGGUGUAAGUUAACUACUCCUGAUGGCGUACAGCAGCUAGUACAAAUAAGUCAUCCUGGAAUCUAUGAAAGGUACAUCAGAACAGCAAUAGAAUGGUGCAGAAGUUUGCAUGAAAGGAAGGAGAUUCCUGAAUAUACUGCAUGCUCUGUAACGGAAGAAAAUUGGUCUGCUGAUGCUGAGCUCGAAAAAAUACAGAGAUUUAACUUUUUAUUGGAUAAUAGCAAUGUUCUGGAAAGGACAUCUGCUGCAAAAAACAACCCAUCUGGUAUUACUGCCAGAAAAACAGAAAACGGGAGCAAGCCGGAAGAAAUCAAUGAAGGGUGUGUCUUGGAGGCUUUGGAAAAAACUUCUAGAGUAAUUCAAGACAUUGAAUCUCUGCUGGCAGCUUCUCGGAAAUGA